CAUGUGAUACCUCUGGGAUUCCAGACUGAGUAAUGGAGCACCACAGAGAUCCAUUGUGUGACAUCAAUAGAACAAGUGUUUGCACCCUUAAAACUAAAAAACCCCACCAAGUCCAGAAGAUUCUCGCUUUGAGGGAAAUGAGAAACAGACAACAUGCACAGCAGCGACAAUAGAGGAAGUUGGGAGUUUCAUCAUGAGGACACCUUAACAGAGGAGACUGGUAAUUUUCCAUCUACUUUGGCCCAGGUGAACUUCAGUGGGCAAAAAAAGGCAGGUUCCGCUGUGGAUGUCCCAGGUCUGGCUUAUAGGAAUGAAGAUAUAAUGUCAGAGAGUUGGAGGAAACACUGGAGGCAUGUUUUUGUGCUGAGCGAGGCAGGGAAGCCCAUCUACUCCCGCUAUUGUAACGAGGAGGCCCUCUCCUCCACCAUGGGUGUCAUGAUGGCGCUGGUCUCCUUUGUCCAGGCUGGAGGCAACAUGAUUCAGUCUAUUUUUUCAGUUAAUCUCAAGCACUUCCUUUACAAGCCCUCAAAAGUGCUAGACCACUAUCGCCAGCUGCCACAGUUCACAUGUGUGCUAUAUGAUGCCUUUAUUUUAAUAUCACUUCAGGAAGAAAGGAUACGCCUGCUGGAUCUCUAUCGUAACAUGCACUAUCGUAUCCACUGUACAUCACGACCACUUAAACUCAUCUACCAUUCUGCAUGCAAGGAAACUCUGCUGGCAUGGGUCACUAGCAAGUUUGAAAUGUUCGCCUGCUUUGCACCGCUCGUCACUAAGAAAUCAGCUUUCAGUGAACUCACUAAACUGCUGCGAUGGAUCAAAAAGGAAGAGGACCGUCUCUUUAUUUGUCAACUCCCAAGAUACUCCACUGCCCCUCAGCCUGGCAGGAGCUCCACAGACAAACCGAAUACAUCAGACACUGGACUUCUCUCUCUCUUGUAGCUUUGAGCAGCUAACCGGCCAACAGUGGCGUGCACGUGUUUUAUGUGUUAACAAAUACG